UACGUAAAUGUAAUGGGAUAGAUGUGUCCGAUGUGGAUAAAAAAACGCUCGAGAUGUAAAAAAUGCAUCCGAUGUGGAUUCUCAAACGCAGCAAUAAUUACCUGCGUUGGCUAAAUACCCAAAGGGUGGAGGCCAAAAAACUAAAAGAAGAAGAAAGAGUACGACUCAGCUGAGUUUUGUUUAUAAAUACGCAUACGGAGUAUACGGACUUAAAAAGAGGUGUUUAAAGAUGAAUAGAAUAAAAUAUACAAGUCCCCUUCUAUUAGAUGGAGAAUCCACUGUGGCAGUAGAAAAUAAUGUUAGGUUAUACGAUGGUGACCAAAAGACAUCAUUUGAGGGUGGAGAAUUAAUAAUAACAACCCAUCGAAUACUAUGGGGGCGACCUGGACAAAUAGCCAGAGGUCAAACAUGUCUUGCACUACAUUUAAACUUAGUAGUAUUUUUAGAGGAGGAAUCACCAAGUGCAUUUAGUUUUAGUCGCUCUAGAAAGAUAGUAUUACAUUUAGCAGAAACAAAUGACUCCCCAAAUGGUCCUCAGUUAACAAGUAUUUACAAUUUCAUAAAACUGUCUUUUCGUGAAGGCUAUACAAACAAUGUACUCAGUCUUCUUAAUAAUUUAAUGCAAACUAGACCAUGGGAGGCUCAUAUUCCAUCUCCAAUAACACAAAUUCAACCUGAUAAGCCUAAUAUUCCUACUAUCAAGCAAAGGUUGGGAAUUGUAGGAAUUGAACGAAGCUUACAACAAAAACAAAAAGAAACUGAUGACAAUAUAAACAUGGCUUUUCAAGAUUUAAGCAAGUUAAUGACCAUGGCUAAAGAUAUGGUUAAUAUAUCUAGAACAAUAUCUAAUAAAAUUAAAGAGAAACAGGGAGAUAUAACUGAAGAUGAAACAGUAAGGUUUAAAUCCUACCUGUUAAGUCUGGGUAUAGAUGAUCCAGUUACAAGGGAGUCUUACAAAUCUGAUAAUCUGUAUUAUGAAAGUCUGGCCAGACAGAUUUGUAGCUUUUUAGAAAAACAUGUAGAAGAAAUGGGUGGCAUGAUGGCUCUUACUGAUGUUUUUUGUUGGGUAAAUCGAGCAAGAAGUUUAGAAUUGUUAUCUCCCGAAGAUAUUCUGAAUGCUUGUAAAGUUAUGGAGAGCCUAUGUUUGCCUGUGAAGUUAUAUGAGUUUUCUUCAGGAGUAAUGGUUUUACAACUUAGCAGUUUGGAUAGCUCUAGUAUUGCAGAAGCUACUGCUAGCUUAAUUGAAGAUAAAGAGUCUUUGUCAGCUGAAGAACUAUCACAAACUUUAGGAAUAUCUCUGACAUUAGCUAAAGAAAGGUUACUAACUGCAGAAAGGUUUGGGAAAUGUUGUAGAGAUGAUUCUAUACAAGGUUUAAUAUUUUAUCCUAAUUUAUUCUUAACGAAAGAUGAAUAAUCCAAAGAUACAUUUGUUUUCAUUUUAUAGAUACUGUAAUUGUGCUUUACAAAACGUUUGUAACGAAUCUUCAACAAUAAUCGUAUCCCACGUGAUCCGGCUAAACAAGAAAUUUAAUGAAAUGGCCAUAAUAUGGCCGUUUUUAGUUACUUUUAGUUCUGUCAAAUAGGUUAGUGACAUUGUUGUAGAGUUUACUUGCUGAAGUUAUUAAUUUUAGUUUUAACCAACUGAUGACAUCAAUUUAGUCACGUGGGAUACGGGUAUUGUUGAAGACUAUAUUGAAAUUAAAUGCCAGCUUAACAAUGAAAUAUACCAAGCUAAAAAUUUGUUUUAAAUGAAACAUAUGUAUUGUAUAUUAGUCAUACAAAAAAACAGAGUAAUACAUUGUUAAUAAAAAUAUUUUUGUC